GCAACAACAGCAGCAGCAGUGUUGGCGCAGAUAUUAAACGCAAACUCAACGAACAGCAACAGCAACAACAAGCACAGCAGCAACAGCCGCUGCAAUUCAUGCAACAGUCGCGCAAAUUUGAGGGCAAAAUACCAAAACUAAGUCAACAACAACAGCAGCAGCAGGCGACAGCAACAGCAACAGCAACAGCAGCAACAUCUAGUCAGCAACAGCAACAACAAAUUGUUUGCAUCAACAUGUUGCCCGCAGCCAAUACACUAAAUGGCAUUCCACAGCAGCAGCAGCAGCAGCAACAUCAGCAGCAGCAGCAACAACAACAAUAUACCAGCACGGAUGGCAAUGUCUAUCAGCUGCAAAAUGAAAUACUCUGUGAUGCAAAUGGGCAGGCAACAACAGCAACAACGGCCACAUAUCAAACAACAGUCGCUGCCGUCGCCAGCAGCAGCAACAGCAGUCCGCAGCAGCAGCAUCAGCAACAGCAACAUGUUGCUGCCAGCGUUGCCGGUUCUUCUAAACAACAAGCAUACAACAGCAAGAACAACCAGUUCAAGCGGCCAUACACACCACGCUACAACAACUACAACAACAACAACAAGAACACUCAGAACAACAUGCACAACAGCUACAGCAACAACAACAACAACCACAAUGAUUGGCAGCGUCGCCAGGGCGAAGCGAAUCGCAUCUAUUACGAGGAGAUUGUCGUGAAACAAGCCAAUUCACGCGCUCUCCUCGCCGCCGACGGCAACAGUCGCAAUCGCAACAGCAACGGCGGUAACAGCGGUAACAGCGGUAACGGCAACAGCAACAGCAGCAGCAACAGCUGCCGAAGCAACAGCAACAGCAAUCGUAGCGCCGCGGUCAGUUUCGUCGACAAAUUCGCUGACUUUGUUACACAUAAUCGUAGAAAUUUGAAAAGCAACUGCGACUCUCAAGUGCACAACAGACACACUAAUAAUUACAACGCUGUCUCAUCUCUCAUCCCAAAUUCUAACAACAACAGCAAUGGCAACAACAACAACAACAACGGCAGCAACAGCAGCAGCGCUGGCAACAACGGCAACAUCAACAACAACGUGAGCAGCAGCAGCAGCAGCAGCAGCAGCAGCAAUGGCAUCAAGGCAACCAUCGGCAAGAAGACGCCCGUCAUUCUGCUGGCCGCACGUGGAGCAGUUGGCGCUGGUCACAAAUCGCAGCAGCAGCAGCAGCAACAACAACAUCCGCCGCUAGCCCUCAUCAAUGGCAGCCAAACAGGCGGCAAGCCAUCGGUCACAUUGCUGCGCGUCAAUACGAACACCAAUCGCAGCCGCCAGGUCAUCAUCGCGCCAGACGCAUCUAGCCUGCAGCAACAGCAACAGCAGCAGCAGCUGGUUGAGGAGGAGGAGGAGCUCAUCGAUGAGGAUGUCUAUGAGGAUGGCUUGUGCUCAUCCACAGCGCAAAUCUUGCGCAAAUUUCGCAUACCCAAAGGCACUGCGCUUACGGCCAAAUCAGUGGAUGGUUAUUUGACCAUGCCCACGCCCACGCCCUCGCCGCCAAUUGCAACAGCUGGCGUUGCGCUAGAUGCGGCCAGCUAUGUAGACAAUACAGACGACAUCAUCGAAGAGCUCAACGAAGAUGAUCUGGUCGAGGAGGUCAUCGAUGAGGAGGCCAACUGCGAGGAGCAGCAACUGCUGCUGCAAGAGCAGCAGCAGCAGACAACGCAUGACAACGAUGGGCUCGAUCUCAGCAGCAGCAGCAACAGCGACCACACAGCAGCUGCGGCAACAGCGCCAACAGCAACAUCCACAAUGCUGCUACAGCAGCCGCAACAGCAACAACAGCCCGCGGCAGCGUUGCAGCUGCAAACCGUGGGCCCCAAUGGCACCGUGACCUGCUUCAAUCUGCCACCGAAUACCAUACUGGUGCAAUCAUCCGAUGGUAGCAUUAUAGCGCAUCCCAGCAAGGCUGGGCAGCAGCAGCUGAUUGUGUUGCCCGCGGACUGGCCCACGGCCAAUAUGACGCUGGCUGAGACGGCGGCAGCAGCAGCUGCUGCACCGCAGCCAGCCCAAACACAAACGCUGCUGCUGACAGCCGAUGGCACCGCCAUACCCAUAAUGGCACCACUGCAGCAGCAGCAGCAACAGCAGCAACAGCAGCAGCAACAACAAGCCGCAGCUGUUGCUGCCGCAGCGCAGCUUUUUGCCGCGUAGGGUCUAAUGGGUGGCCAAAUGGGUCGAUUUUUGAAUAAUGCCACAAUAAUGCCAACAACAUAUUUCUUUUAAAUUCAAUCAGCGAAUGUUGCGCUUGCCGCAAAGCAGCCACAUGAUGGGGCACAGCUUCGUUGUGCUGCUUUGCGCCAGUUGCAACAGAGACUAAAUAAAAAAAAAAAAAGUAGACUUUAAUUUGUUUAUACAAUUUGUAAGCCCUUUCGACAAUUUGUUUGGGGCAUGGUACAUACAAAAAUCGACACAUUUGGCCACCAAAACCGGCAGCAACCACAAAAGCAAAUCAAAACGCAAUACAAUUAAACCUAUAUUUAAACAAUAAAAACGAAGCCAAGUAAAACUUAAAAGCAGCCACAAACUCAAUUGUAAAGCUAUGCAAGAAAAAGUAUAAGAAACUCAACUGAUAUUACAUAAUGUUAAAAUGCAUACCAAAUCUAUUUUUCUACAUAAAAAAAAUCACAUAACAUGCAUAUAUAUAUAUUCAUACAUAAAGAAUCCUAUAUAUAUAUAUAUACUUUGUAUAUAGUAUAUAUAAAACUCAUGUUUAUGUUCAUGUUGUGCGCAAAAUGUAAAAUGCAAAGUAAAAAUUCAAACAAAAUGUUGUUCAUAACUGACACACACACACACACACGCACGCACUCACUCAUGCACGGCAGUGUUGUGUAACAAAUUCUGUAAAUUUCAAAUCAACAUUUAAAUUAUUUUUUAACACAUAAGUAGCGUAUAUUUAAGUGCAAAAACAAAAACCACCAACGAGACACCCGAGCCCAGUUUUCUAAAUAAUAUUUUGAGCAGGCGCUGCCUCAGCGCCAGACAAAAUUUAUUUUUAACUUAAUUUAAUAUUCUUAAAACUAAAAAAAAAAAAAAACGUUUACUGUAUUAUUUGG